AAUGGCGAAAUUUGAUCGAACGAAGUCAUCCGUUUGCGAGAUAAGCCAGAGAAUUAACUUGUGAUAUCUUCUCAUUCCAGGAAUUUCUUCUUCUUCCAUGAUUCUAUUGGCAUCGUCUGAACAAUUGUUUGACUUCAAAAACGUUCGUGCAGUAAAAUUCAGUGGAUAGAAUUGGAUUCAACAAUAGCCUAACAAUCCGGAUUCGCUUUCAGCUGGUGCUACCACGUGCUUCCUCAGGUUUAUGAAUUAAAAUGAAUGCCGAUUCUGCUUACAUUGAACCAUUUCUCUAUGACUGGGUGGACCAUCUCCAGAAAAUUAUGAAUGAGCGGAAGCAAGAGAUCAUAAAUGAAAAAUAUUUAAUCAUGCCGUGUGAAGCACUUACAACGCACAUUAUCAAAGCUUUCACCUACAUAGCAAACUACCUAGGACUGGACCAUCAUGUAAAGUAUAUGGCUCUUGAAUUGUUUGACAAAUUUAUGAACAAAUACUUUUGCGAGAUAUAUAAUGAGAAGAACGAUCAAUCUGAUGAGUGGUGGGAAAACUUUAAGAAGAAAACUUGCAUUCAUAAAAAAUUAUAUUUCAUGUCGUGCUUUCAAGUGGCAUGCAAAGUAAAUUCUCAUCCCAAUAGUUUAAAAAUAUCACAGGUUCUUGAGUUUCUACAUAUAAUUGACAAAAAUUAUGAAUACACUCAAGAUGUGGUAUCUUCUAUAGAAAUAGAAAUUCUCAAGAAAGUAGGAUUUAGAAUGCCUUUCUACACACCAGUAUACUGCAUUGAAAUUCUUCUUGCAGCAAUAAACUUUUUAAAACUUCCUUUUAAUGGAAGUAGAGAACCAAUAGAAUACAGAGGAACAUUAUUUACCACUUCAAUGCAAUUAUUAGACUUAGCUUAUUUUGAGCAUGAAAAACUGUAUCAUCAUUUUCAAUUAUAUUUGGGAUUUUACAAAAAUGCUUCAAUGUGCAAUCAAGAAAAGGAACUGAGACUAAGAGUAUUGAAAUCAAAUACACUCUUUCUAAGUGCAGCAAUAGUGUUGUGCGCAAGAUAUAUUUUAUACCCAAAUAUUAGCGACACUACAGAUAAAAUUAUUGUAGUAAACUUAGCAAAAUUAGUAAAUGCAAGGAACAUUGAUGUUAUCGUUAUGGCAAAUAUAUUGUUCCAAAUAAUACAAUAAUAC